AUGGGAGAGCCUUUAGAGAAAGACAGUGUGGAAUCAGAUACGGAAAGAGGUACUGUCGAUAAGACACGUGUCUAUGCAAAUGAUAAACCAGUUGUGGAAAUAGACGCUUUCGAGCAGAACAAAAAUAAUAGCGACUAUCAAGAAUUCAAAACGUUAGCUGCAUUGCUUUUGGCAGAGACACUCGCACUUGGUGUCUUGAAUUUCCCAAAAAUUGCCUCUGAGAUAGGUAUUGUGCCUACGAUUAUCGCUACGAUUGGUCUUGCAUGUCUGGCUUGGGUUACUGGAUAUAUUCUCGUAGAUUUCAAAGUGAAUCACCCAAGCGUCAUGUCAUUCGCGGACGUGGGUCAACUUAUUGGUGGUCCUAUACUCAAAUGGGUAUUGCUUACUGGGGUAUUAUUAAGCGGGAUAUUCAUAUCGGCCUCACAUACAAAUUCUGGUGGAACAGCUCUGUUAGAAAUGAGUUCAAACGCCAGAUGCUCUGUCUUACUUGGAUUGUGUAUCGCUUUAUUAUGUUUCAUUUUCACCAUUCCUAGGAAAUAUGAACAUACUGCUUACGCAGCUUUCAUAUCAUGUUUCAGUAUAGUUGUUGCUUGUUUGAUAACAAUUAUUGCAUGUGGUGUAAAUAGAGAUUCAUGGGGCGACUCCAACGGCGAAGUAACAUGGAAAGCAUUCAAUAAUCCAGGUCUAGUAGGUGUCAUAAACUCCUUCACGGAGAUAGUAUUCGCCUAUGGUGGACACGCUUUUAUUUUUAGUGCAACAGCUGAGAUGAAAAACCCAAAUGAUUUCAAGAAAAGCCUUGCAGUUGUCCAAGUUGUAUCAACUGCGUUCUACAUCACAAUCGGCGUUGGAGUCUACGUACUAGUCGGAGAUGCAAAUGUCGUAUCGCCAGCACUAUCUAUCCCAUCACACAAGGUCGAGACGAUAGCAUAUGCGAUCGCGAUGAUAUCAAUUAUUGUAUCGGGUAUAAUUCCAGUCCUUACCGGUUUGAAACAGUUAUGGCUUGAGUUGUUCAGAGGGAAGCCCAUGCUUACGAGCAACAGCUGGAAAGCCAAUGCUUUGAUUUAUAUUAUCUCAACUAAUACCAUUCUUCUCAAGUCUUAUAUCGAUAGUUGCAAGCGUAACAAUUGUAUGGUUUACCUAUGGACUGAGUGGAGUAAUCUGGCUGGCGGAAAAUAA